GUCACCCCGGAGGUCGGCGCGGCGGACGGAUCGCGAGCUGCAGCCCUCGGCCCGCGGUCGGCGUCGUUACGCGCCGGACCGUUAUAGUCCGGGGUAAAGUACACCUGUGUAUCAUGUAACCGUGGGGAUUCCUUAAGGGAGGGGAUAUGUAGUAUCGGAUACGGCAGUGAUUUAGUGACUGCGUUAUCCGCGGCCUUGGAAGAGACUAUUCAGUUUGUUCUGCCAGGACUCAAUAGUUGAUGGUUACGCACUUUCAUUGAUGUACAUUGGUCUAAAGAUGAUGCUAAUUGUGAUAAAAUAUACCUAAUGGUCAUGCUUCCGCAAAUGGCAUUUGGCAUCAUGCUGCCUUUGUGGUUUGUCAAAAUCUGUUCUGUAUAUCAAGCCUAAAAUAUGUCAACCCCCAUGCUUUUAAAAAAAGGACUCUUAUCUACUGCAACUCUGGAUAAAACAAGAGUGGACCUAAGUCAUGUCUGCUCAAAAAUGGCCGGAGGGCGACCCGAGUUCAUUCUCCUUACCAAAGCAGUCAGUUGUCACGGCCGUCCACCUCAAGCUGCGUGUUGACUUCAGUAGCCGGGUGCUCACGGGCUCCGCCGACCUGACUGUGGAGCGGCGUGACCCGGCCGCUACGCACGUGGUGCUGGACACGCGCGACCUCACCAUCACCGCCGUCACUGACGCCGCCACGGGCGCGCCGCUCUCCUGGACCGAGGGGGAGCCGCAGCCGGCGCUGGGUCGGCCGCUGCGCGUGCAGCUGCCCGCCGGCCAGUCGGUGCAGGUGUCGGUCGCCUACAGCACGCAGCCGUGCUGCACGGCACUGGCCUGGCUGGAGCCGGAGCAGACGGCCGGCCGUGCCCACCCGUACGUUUUCUCGCAGUGCCAGGCGAUCCACUGUCGCUCCAUGGUGCCGGUGCAGGACACGCCGGCUGUCAAGUUCACCUACACGGCCGAGCUGACCGUGCCGGGGGAGCUCACCGCACUCAUGUCCGGCCUGCGUGAUGGCAGCGAAAAGUCGGGCGAGAUGACCACGUUCCGCUUCCGCCAGCCCGUGCCUGUGCCGGCGUACUUAAUAGCGAUAGCUGUUGGCCAGUUGGAGUCACGGUCUCUUGGAGAGCGUUGCUCAGUGUGGUCUGAGCCAACGGUAGUGGACAAGGCCGCCAACGAGUUCGCCGAAACGGAGAAGAUGCUGGAGACAGCAGAGUCCAUCUGUGGGCCCUAUGUAUGGGGUGUCUAUGACCUUCUAGUGCUUCCUCCUAGCUUCCCAUACGGUGGCAUGGAGAACCCAUGUCUAACCUUUGUCACGCCCACCCUCCUCGCCGGAGAUCGGUCACUAGCCGACGUCGUAGCCCACGAAAUCACGCACAGCUGGACUGGAAACCUCGUCACCAAUCGCAACUGGGAGCAUUUUUGGCUCAAUGAGGGCUUCACGACGUUCGUCGAGAGGAAGAUCCAAGGUCGAAUGCACGGGGAGCCCGCAAGACACAUGUCUGCUGCCGGAGGAUGGAAGGGGCUGAAGGAAGCCAUUCGUACACGUGGCAAGGAUGACCCACUGACGUGCUUGGUGCCGCGUCUGGAAGGCGUCGACCCUGAUGACGCCUUCUCUUGUGUGCCGUAUGAGAAGGGUCACUCGCUCUUAUGGUACCUUGAGCAGCUGGUCGGCGGACCGGAGGUGUUUGAGCCCUUCCUCAAGGCAUACGUGGCGAAAUACAAAUUCACUACGCUUGACACUGAAGACUUCUGCUCAUUUCUGUUCGAGUUCUUUUCGGACAAGGUGAAGGAGGGAGUGUUCUCCCAGGUGGACUGGAAGGCGUGGUUCAGCACUCCCGGCAUGCCGCCUUACGAACCCACUUUCGACACAUCGCUCACAGACGCGUGCAGCACGCUGUGCCGUCGCUGGGUGGACUGGGAUGACAGCCAGGAGGCGCCAUUCACCAGUACCGAUCUCGAUGCACUAUCAUCGAACCAGAUCGUCGAGUUCCUGGCUCAGCUGAUGGAGGAGCCACCGCUGACUCUCACCAAGCUGAAGAAAAUGGAGGAACUGUACGGGAUGAACGCUCGCGGUAACGCCGAGAUUCGUUUCCGCUGGCUGCGGCUGUGUAUCGCCGGAAGGUGGAUAGACCAGGUGCCGGCUGCACUCGAGAUGGUCACCACUCAGGGCAGGAUGAAGUUCGUCCGCCCUCUGUACCGUGAUCUUUACGCCUGGGAGGAUGUGCGUGAACGUACCAUCGAUACAUACGAGAAAAAUAAGCAGUACAUGAUGCACGUCUCGUCACACACUGUUGCCAAAGACCUCAAACUGAUCGAGUGAACAUAUGACCUUAGAGUCUUAGACACUGCAUCAUUGUCCACUGACGAUCUCUAGGCUAUAUCGUGAUCCCUUGAUCGGGGUGGGGCUAGGUUUUGGUUUUCUCUAACGCCUGUAAGCACAUCAAGAUGUGGUUUGGUCAUUGGUGUUGGCGUUUCUUGAGACUGGACAGGUCAAUACACGAUUUUUAGGAAGGGGAGCAGGUCUUGGUCAUCGGUGACUCGUUGUGAAGGCCAUUUUUACUGACAAUCUUAUAUGAAGUGAUCGAAGGUCAAGAUGACGGUUUCUGCAAUAAAGCGCUAGGUACGUAGGUACCUAACAGCGUGACGACCGGCACCACCAACUGCGUGCCCGGCCCCGAUACACUUCACGACACAAAGUUAUUCAGAAAGUAAUAUACGUUUCACGUUUGGA